AUGUCUUCAAAUCACCAUGAUAACGGCUUUCAAGAGCGUAAACGUAAAUUGUCGGUGUGGGUGAAACGAAUAAUUCAGCCCAACAAGGAUUCAUCUCAUUUCGAGACCACCACCACUACACAUUCCAAAAGUGUGGAAGGACGAAGGUAUCCAGAACGAAGCCAAACGUCUAGCCGGAGCAAGCCUGAGCUUCCGAAAACGAGGUCCAAGAAUGCAACGACGCAGGACCUAAAACACGAAUAUCGAAAUCGGGAUAUACCAACGGGCUCCGUGAUGUGGGAUAAAUCUGUGACAAAGGACUCCUCUACGCCUGCUUCGAACCAGCUGCGACUCGAUUUCGACCAAGCGCACGACAAUGCCAGCACUGCACCGUUGGUGUCACAUUGCUCGUCGUCGGCGAAAUCCUCUGUUUUCUCGGAGGUUGCAUCGCUGGAAUCCACAAGAGCCACCGUUCUGUCCAAUAAGACGCUCGAUACAAACUCCAGCACCGUUGGCAUACCACCAGCGAGCAUUUUAGACCGCACUCGUCACACAGCCGGCAACCCAGGCGCUCCUUCCAUUUUUUCUCUUGCCACUACUCACCAUACCUCUCAGGCCAACAGCAUGCGCCAAUUCUCUGUAUGA